AUGGAUAUGAGUUUGAUCAUUGCAUUGGUGUCGAUUGUAGUGCACGUUGCCAACUACAACUUCACUGCUCAACUUGAGUACAACACCAGGAUAUUCACAAAGGCCAUUGGUAAAUACACAAUAUACUACUAUGCAGUGUAUUUGAUAUUGAGUGCAUUGAUUCGUGAUCACUUUAUCGAUACUGCCAUUCAAAACGACAAGUAUCAGAUCGAGUUGUUCCCAGAUGAGUUUGCCACACUGCUUGGCAACAGCUGCUUUAUCUUUGGCAUCCUUCUCAACCUGUGGACUCUUCAUGCACUUGGAAUCAAAGGAAUGUACAAUGGCGACAGCUUUGGACAUGUGAUGGAUGCCCCAGUUCAAUCUGGUGUCUACCAAUUGUUCAAUGAUCCACAAUACGUUGGUACCACAAUCUCUUGCAUUGGAUACGCCAUUCGUUAUCAAAGUCUCAAUGGAUUCAUUUGCACAGCAUUGAUGGGACUGGUGUUCUACAUUUCUGUCAAGUAUGUAGAGGGACCACAUAUGAACAGAAUCUAUUCCAACAAGAAUGCUUCAAGGAUCAACUUUAAGAACCUAAAGAGUUUGAGAAACCUC